AUGCUUGACUGAUGGAAAACCUCAUGUGAGUCGAGUAUUUCUGAAGCCGAAGAACUGAGUGUAGAACUAUAGCUUUGUAUAUACACAAACUUUAAGCUACUGUAGCUUUCAAGACUGGAAGACUUCAUGAGUUCAGGGCCGCCUGGUCGCAUACGCGUUCAAGUCUCUACGACUGCGAACGACAAUGAAGACCAAGCAACACAGCUGAAGUUCAACUUUGAGGACUUGUUACAUGUCCUUUAUGGAAAGAAACAAGCAAGCACCGUGGAUUUGCUGCAGUUACAAAAGGAGAGAAAGAAAGAAARAACSAAAACAUAUUGUGUAGUUUGUCACGUUGAUCGCCCACCAAACGGAUGUCCUUUCCACGAACCUUCUUCAACAUACACCGCUGACCGCAAUAAUUCUCUUUCUUACGCUAUCAAAUCAUUUCCUGCCGAAGUCCAACUUUGUACAUCUAGUAUACCUGGUGCGAUAUUUGGUGUGUGCGCAAAGCGUGUUAUACCUGAGGGAACCUGGAUUGGGCCGUACGAAGGACGACGAGUCAGUCCCGAGGAAUUAUCGGUAUCCCGCAAUAAUCCCUACGUCUGGGAGAUUURCGAAGAUGGCCAACCUUCCUACUACAUAGAUGGGAGUGACGAAAGUGCGUCCAGUUGGAUGAGGUUCAUUCGGUGCGCGCGGCACAAGGAAGAACAAAACCUCUACGCCUUCCAAUAUCUAGGAAACAUCUUCUAUCGGUCAUUCAAAGAAAUCCCUAAGGGAACUGAGAUGCUUGUCUGGUAUGAUGAUAAGUACCCACAGCAUCUGGGGAUUCCUACUGGAUUACAAGAAAUUGAAUUUAUCAGUUCGUCRGAUCUCGUUGGAAGUUCCAGUGGCGCCAAAGUUAGUAAUACAGCAUCCAAAAACGAAGGAGACUCGCGGCAUAAAGUUGAUCAGGAGAAAGAUGAAGUCAAAGAGAUGGAUAUCAGUAGAUCACUAAAAGAUUACAAUCCAAGACUAGCGGUCCAUCCAGCAGAGUCUCGUCAGCGUGUCAUGGCAACACCUUCACCUCACCGCUUGCGUCACUCCUCUUAUCUAACACGAAUAUCCUGUGCUCCACAUUCACUAAGUUCCAGUCCGGGUUUUCCGACUCCUGAAAUGUCAAGUAUAUCAUCACCAGCCAUUCCCUAUGCUACAGUAGCACCUCAUUACACUCUGCCUAACCUUCCUAUUGUGCCCCCUCUUCAAUCCAACACUCCUGCAGGUGUCUACGGUGUAGCGUACCGACAUCACAUGCCUGUCAAUAUAUCAGCUGGGAUCCCUGUUAGUAUCUCUGGCCGGGGACAACUGGGCAUUACAGGGACACACUUACCAAGGGUUCACCAGGAAGUGCUAGAAGAAGGACCAAUUAUCACGAGCAGUGAUAGUGUUGUGUAUAAUGAUCGUCAGUACAGACCCACCUCCUCCAUCUCACCUACGCUGGGCAAGAUGGACAGGGAGAGCUACUUGCAACGAAAGAGGGCAUUUUAUUCGUCUACCACUGCCAACCCCGACGCAUCGGACGAAGCAGGUCAUCCAAAAAUAGUCAUGUCAAAGCGCAAAGCGACUGAAGUUACUACUAUUGAUUCAGAUUCACGCCAGUAUCCUCCCUUGACUAAACGAAAGUCACCUUUGUCAUUUAUCAACGAGGAAGGCAGCGUAGAAAACGAAACGGGAAGGAGCAAUCGUCCCCGCACGCCCAAGGAGCGAUUAACAGACGAUCAAGGAUCGGAAAGAAAUAGGAGUACGAAGAGUCAUCGAUUGCAUUUAAGUAAGGAGGAACAUGCUUCGCAGAUAUCCCGCGUGACGUCAGCAUGGCCGUCAGAUGAGAGUCAAUCACAGGACGAGGCGGCUGGAGAAAGCAGCGAUUCGAACAGUACAAGCAGUACAAAGAAUGAAACAGCGGGUAUAGACGAGAUAAGUAUGUGGCGAUGUAGACAAUGUCAGAAAACUUUCACCCAAAGAGUGAUGCUUCAAGUCCACGUUUGCCCUCAACAACCCCUCAAGCCAUACCGCUGUGGCCAAUGCGAACUAUCCUUCGCGACCGCGACAGAACUUCGAAGUCACGUGGAAACGCAUGCCAGUGAAAAGCCAUUUAAAUGUGGAUUUUGUUCUCGCUCAUUUGCUGGAGCAACGACUCUGAAUAACCAUAUACGCACGCACAUGGGGAAAAGACCGUUUAGCUGUGAACACUGUGGGAAGGGUUUCGCACAGGCGGGUCAGCUAGCGAGACAUCAGCGAACGCCUGGCGAAUGUGAGCCCCGAACCACCAAAGUCUAAAUAACCGCAUCUUUAAUGUAUAUUUAUAAGAAAUAAUCGCUUAGUCAUAUGAUGACUUGAGUAAUGGUUGCGCUUUUUUAAAAAAAGGUUGCACCAGCUCAUGAUGACUUGCGUGUUCAUCAUGAUAGUAACCACAGGCGGCGGAACGACUUUAAAAGUGACGGGGGUGUAAUAACUGAUAAGAUUAUGGCACAUCUGUUUUUUCUUAGCAAUCAGUUUUUGCAUAAAUCACUAUGUGUACAAGUUAGAAAAAAUACUUGUUUGGAUUUUUGGGAUCGUACAUACGAAACUAUUUAAAAGGUGCAGAGGUAUUCAUCCCCCACCCCCUCCCCCACUUUUAAUCCCCUCUGCUCUCGAUCCAUGACACUCCCCCGCUCCCCCGCCUAUGGUGAAAAUGUAACCUUUGCGCCAUAAAAUGGCAAUUAACGAAUUUAUAAAAUAUGUUUGUAAUGCUGUAUAUAUUUAAUGAAUACUCGAGCACCAAGUUAUGAAACAUAUGCUUAUAUUUUUUGACAUUAAUGCCUGGACUCAGCAGGUUCCACAUAAAAUAUGUAGUCAUGCUUCAAGACUUUUAGAGAAUGAUAAAGAGAAAUGGUUUGUACUAGAAUACAGUGGAAGGGGAAUGGGGGUAAACGCCCCUUCAAAAUUUCAAGAUUUUUGCUUUGUUUUAAGUUUUGAUAAAGAAAGUUGUAACUUUAAGGUAUUGGAAAACAAGCUUGAUAUUAUUAUAUUCCAGAAUCGCAGAAAAACCAUUUGCGAUUAAAUAGACUUUUUCGGCUUGGGCGUAGUGUUUUCACAUUAUAAAAAACGAUUCCCUUGUUUUCAUGUGCAGCCAGAACGAACAAAUGAUUCUCUAAGGAAUGACACGAGGUGGGUCUGAAUGGAAGACAUUUGCCCUAGCUGAAAAAAUCUAUUGUUAUUGCUAUGGUAUAGAGCGUUUUCACGUGACGACACAGCGGCCAUGUUGGUGUCGAACCAAAGCAAAACAUUUUCCAUCCUCGGGAAUUGAACUUUAUUUUUAUGCAAAAACUUUCUACUUUUUAUUGGUACACCAAUGUAGCUCAAUGCCUACUCCCRAGAGUGAAAAUGCUCUAUACUGAUGGUGUUUUGGCGAGAAUUUUUCAUGCCAAACAAACCAAGAGAGCUCCAUCUACGAAGACUCUUGCGACGCCACAGCUAGCGAGUGAUUUCACACGUCAACCUUUAAAAGAUGAAAGUGCUUUUUCAUCUAAAAUUUAUAUUUAUAUUUUUGUAUUUAUACUAAUCCCCGAGACGAGAAAAUCUCUUGCCGGCCGUAACGAGGUUGAAGGAAAAAUGAAGUCGAGUUUGUAUUGCAAUGUAUUUUGGGGCUGUUUUAAGGGACAUAUUUCUAUGAGGUAGCGUCUAUUCAGUCUCCAAAACAGCCUCAAAAUGCACUGUUAUGCCACCUCGACCCAGUUUUCCCCUCAACAUCGGAAUGUUUAUAUAGGUGAUAUGUCCUCGAUCCAUUCAGCCUUGUACCUAUUCUUGCACUAUUCAAUUCACUGCUGCUGUGAUAACAUUUUUAUCAUAAAUUAGGCAGAAAUUAUUA